GUUGUGUGCGAACUUCGUUGGACAGAUUAGAGCGAGAGAUAGCAAAAUGCAGGAGAUCAAGCACCCAUCUCUUGAGUAGAGAAUCACCGGCACUUGACACAGUUUUGAUGAGCGUUGUACAGAGGAUGGGUAUGGGAUUUGGGUGCGCUUCAAGGGAUUCACGUAAAGUAGCAAGUAUAUCUCCUUGUUCUUUAGAGUCUGCCGGUACUGCUAACGCUGCAGAAAGUGUCUGCAGCGGGUCAACCGGAUUUCCUGCCAUCCUUGCAAGCUUUGGUGUUUGCAACGUUAAAGCUUGUCUGCAGCUCUUUCUGAAAACUAUAUCCUGUCGGAGUUCUAAAUCACUACUCUACAACAAUCAUGGCAGCUCAAAAUUCGCAAGGAAUACAGACGCUUCUUGAAGCAGAGAAAGAAGCAGCCAAGAUUGUGCAGCAGUCGCGUCAAUACCGCCUUCAAAGAUUGAAGGACGCACGCUCGGAAGCAAGCAGAGAAAUAGAUGAAUACAGACAGGCCAAAGAAGCCGAAUUCAAAUCAUUUGAGGCAUCGCACGCAGGAGUCACCUCAAAUGCACAGACUGCAGUAGACAAGGAAACCGGUAUAAAGUUGCAGGCCAUUACAGAUGCUUAUGAAGCAAACAAAGAUGCGGUUGUGAAGAAACUACUGGACCGCGUUCUAUUGAUCAAGCCCGAGCUGCAUCGGAAUCUCAAGAGGGCUGGUGGUACAGAAUCACAAUGAUUCAACUUCAUUGCUAUGGACUCGACUUGUACAAUACUACAUUGGGUGCUUCAAUGAGCAAUAAUACCCUCAAUCUGAU